CGGCAUAUGAUUUUGUUCAGCAAUGGCAAAAAGCAGAUUGGAACCCUAUUCUUCAUCUGUUCAAAACCUUCCACUGAAUACUACAACUUGCAUAUUUGUGAAUUGAAUAUUAAAUUUCCAAGAAUUACAAAUACCAACCUCUUAGAAUCGAUUAAUUCAUGCAAAAAAAAAAAAAAAACCAGUCUCUGUGGAGGUAUAUUGAAUGGGGUUUCCAGUAGCUGGAACAUUGCGUUCUCAUGUUUUUCUCAGUUCUCACCACAGGUCUGUGAAGUUUCUAUCUUUUGAUGCGAGAGAGAGACGAACCAUUGAUUUCAAGUUCCAAAAGCUUAAUCCUCACCCAAGAAGGAUUUCAGUCUGCAAGCAAGAAAUGAUUGAUUUUGAAGAGAGAACAAGCCCAAAUGAGGUCAAAAAAGAGAUAGAACGAUGCUAUGAACUCAUACACAGGCUUGGGAGGGGUGUUGUGUACUUGGGUUCUUCAAGGAUGGGAUCUAAUCAUCCGCAUUACAUGCAAGCACUGGAGUUGGGGAGAGAGAUUGCAAAUCUCUUGGACUGUGCUUCAUGGACAGGGGUUGGUCCAGGGCUCAUGGAUGCUGCCACUAAAGGUGCUCUAGAAGCAGGAAAGCCAGUUGGUGGAUUUAAGAUAGGUAAAGAAGCUGGAGAAUGGACGGCCACGAAUUUUCAUCCAUACCUACCUUCGCAAACUUAUCUAACAUGCAGGUUUUUUUCCGCAAGGAAGCACGGAUUGGUGGAUGCCGCGGUUAGGAGUAGCAUUUCUGAAAGGACUGCUGUAGUUGCUCUUCCUGGUGGUAUCGGCACUCUUGAUGAGAUUUUUGAAAUUCUAGCACUGGUUCAACUAGAAAGGAUUGGGUCAGAGCUUCCAGUUCCUUUUCUCUUAAUGAAUUAUGACGCUUUCUAUUCAAAACUGUUGGACUUUCUUGAUGAUUGUGAGGACUGGGGUACUGUCUCCAAGGGAGAGGUUGCAUCACUGUGGAAGGUCUGUGACAAUAACUCAGAGGCUUUGGCCUAUUUGACUGAAUUUUAUAAUCUUCCUCUUAGUGAAACAGUUAGGACUGAAACUGGAUUAAGGGCGCAAGGAACAGUUUCUUGAUAACUUUGUGGUGUAGGCGAAGAAUUCAUAAUAGAAUGGUCAACAACUCUUUUUAUUGCAUUCGGGACAGGUUCCAUCGCAAUUUAUUGUAUUUAGUUUCAUAAAUUGAGAGUUCAAUGUUAUUAGUUCAACUCCAGAGUGAUAAAUAGGAUGUGGCAAUGUGAUUCAAUAUAUACCUCAGUGGUUUAAUAAAAUAAUUUUCUGUA